CUGACCCCCCCCCCAGCGAAGCCCCGUCGGAAGCUCCCGGAGCCCGGGCUGAACCUCGCAUCCCGGUGCCCCGGGAGGGCUGAACCCCCCAGCAAAGCCCCGUCGGAGGCUCCCGGAGCCCGGGCGGCGCCCCCGGGGAACGGAGCCCCGUCGGGGCAAACCGGUUGCCCCGCAGCAACCCCAGAACCCGGUGGGAGGAGGCUCCCCCGCCCCACGAAGCCUUCGGGACCCCCCCCUCCUCCAUCCUCACCCCAACUCUCCGGUGACCGGCGGUGCCCCGGGGGAGAAAUCAACCCCCCGGUCCCCUCCAUGGACUGAGAUGGCCUCGGAGUUGGCCAUGAGCGCGGAGCUGCCCACCAGCCCCCUCGCCAUCGAGUACGUCAACGAUUUCGACCUGAUGAAGUUCGAAGUGAAGAAGGAACCGGCGGAGGCGGAGAGGUUGUGCCACCGGCUCCCCGCCGGUUCCCUCUCUUCCACCCCCCUCAGCACCCCCUGCUCCUCCGUGCCUUCCUCCCCCAGUUUCUGCGCUCCCAGUCCCGGUGGGCAACCGGCUGCUGGUCCUCCUCCAACCACCGCUUCUUCUCUGGGCUCCAAACCGCAGCUGGAGGAGCUUUACUGGAUGUCGGGUUACCAGCAUCACCUCAACCCCGAAGCUCUCAACCUGACGCCGGAGGACGCGGUGGAAGCUUUGAUCGGUGCCCCUCACCAUCAUCAUCAUCACCAUCAAAGUUACGAGCCUUUCCGGCCUCAAGCUUUCGGUGGCGAAGAGCUCCCGCCGGCUUCUCAUCAUCAUCAUCCCGGUCACCACCAUCAUCAUCAUCACCACCUGCGUUUGGAGGACCGCUUCUCCGACGAUCAGUUGGUGAGUAUGUCGGUGCGGGAGCUCAACCGGCAGCUGCGGGGUUUCAGCAAGGAGGAGGUCAUCCGUCUCAAGCAGAAGAGGAGGACCUUGAAGAACCGGGGCUACGCUCAAUCCUGCCGUUACAAGCGGGUCCAGCAACGGCACAUCUUGGAGAACGAGAAGUGUCAACUCCAAAGCCAAGUGGAGCAACUCAAGCAAGAGGUGACCCGUUUGGCCAAGGAAAGGGAUCUGUACAAAGAAAAAUACGAAAAGUUGGCCGGGAGGGGGUUCCCCAGGGAGCCUUCUCCAUCCACCGCCCCCAAACCCGCCGCCGACUUCUUCAUGUGA